CUUGAGUCAUUUUGUUGCAUUAAACAUAAUGCGAGGAUUUUUUAAGAUAAAAAAGUGAUAUCAUACCUUUACAUAAUAUUGUACGUGAUUUGUUGUUAUUAUUUAGUACAUAACAUCUUAUAUAAGUCGAGGUCUAACUCUUAGACUUAAACAAUCAGAAAUGCAGCAAAGAUCGAUUAGAAGCACAACGGUCGCAAAACGGAUAAUAAACUGAAACUAAUCCACACGUUGGGAAGAUGGCCAUGUAUACGAAGAACUAUUCGGCUAGCGUAAUGAGCUAGCAGAAAAUGUCGGGUUCUUCUUGCUGAAUCGAUUCCACGAUCAAGAAUAGGGAUUCCCAUCCAUGGGUAUUUUACUAUCCAGUCCAAUUGGAUUGGGUAUGAAAUCCAAAUAGAUGGAUAUGUAUAGAGUUUGAUGGGUUUUUACUCAUACCUAUUUACUUGGGUUGGGUUGGGUUUUUAACAAAUGAAUAUUUGGGUUUGUACCCAUGCCUAGAGGUGGCAAGUGAGAUCCAAAUCCAUUUAUCCAAUUCAAUCCAUUUAAAAUGGAUCCAAAUCAAUUUAAGUUGAUCCAAAUCCAUUAGAUCCAAAUCCAUUUGAUUCAUGGAUUGAUGAUUGAUCCACCAAUCCAUUAACACAUAUUAUUUUCUUUAUUCAUUUUAUAAUAGAUCACAAAACAAAUCUGCUCUUAGAGUUACUCGACCUAUAGCUCCAACUAUUCUUUCCGACAAGGCGACGACGAAGAGCAGCGCCGGCGACCUCUCCACCGCAUGCUCUCCAUGUCCAUAUCCACCAUACCACCGUCCCAAUCGAAUCUUCUUUCCCUCGACUGUGAUUGAACAACUCCAAUAUGUUCCUCUCCCCCGAGUCUGAAUCAGAUCCAAAAUCGCAACUCCAAUCUAUAGCCAGCGCCGACGAAAUCUCCGCCUCCUGGCUCUUUUAUUUGAGAACCCAUCCUGCGAAUCGACCUUUCCUCCAGCGUCGACGAAAUCUCCACCGCCUGGCUCUUCUAUUUGAGAACCCAUCCUGCGAAUCGACCCUUCUGCAGAUAGGCGACCUCUAGCGUAUCCAAGCUCUAGUCGAAAUAUCAGGUAAUUUCAAGCUCUCCAAUGCUCGAAAUUCUGAAAGUUCAGCUUAUUUUGAAAUCUGGUCUUGCUGGUUUUCACCGCCACUUAACCAUCAUCUAUUCAAAUUGGCAAAAGCCGGAGGAGAAAGAUCUUUGAAAUCCAUAGGAAUUUUUGGUUCUUGAAGAUGACAAUUGCUUGACGAGACUACGGAUAUAAGCACCGGAGAGGUGAGGCUCCUCUUGGUUCACCACCUUACUAUCGGUUUCAAUUGCUUCUUUAGUUGCUUCUCUUAAUGAAAUCGAUCGAACAACAGCAGCAGGGAUCAAGCCAACCGCUCAUCAUUUGCUACUUGAUCCAACUGAAUGUGUGAAAGACUAUCCAUUGGGUUCCUAAGUAAACAGAUAUGUAGAACAGUUUUACAUCGACCCGUGUCUUAGCAAGUUUGAUAAUUGAUUUCAAUUUUAUAAUUCAUUACUUCCUUCUCCAUGAUGUUAUCUUUUCAUGGUUCACAAACGAAUGGAAAAGGAAACCUAGAUAUAGAGAUUGAUAAAUCAUUUUUGCGGAACUAGAAUAAUUAGGCAACAAACUAGGAAAGGAAUGCAUAUAUUUAGUUUAAUCCAACCAGUGAAGUAGUGUUCUCAUGGAAUUACCAACAUAUGUAAGUUGUGUUGGUCUUAUGGCUUAUGCAGAGUGUCAACAGUUUCUCUCCUCCAGUUCACAACACAGCAAAUUAUUGCGACAUGCUUAUAUGCUGUUACAGCCUCUCAACGUGCUUUUGCGGUUUUGUGCUUUUGCAACCCUCUCUUGAUCGAUUUCAUUUCAGUAUGAUGAAGUUCUGCUAAAAUAAUUAUCUUCUGUUAUGAAACUUGGCUCAAAUUUGCUUCAGAACUUGACUAACUGCAUAUGAUUGUCCAUGCUUGUUGAUCAACUUGCUCUCUUUCUAACCCAGAAAGUAAUUAAAUAGGGAUCAACUUGCUCUCGUGUGUGUUAUGUCCUUCUCUUGCUUAUGCUUUGGAUAAGGAUCACUAUUAUUAAGUUGAUUGUGAUUUCAUUUCAUUUUCUCCUGUUUCACUUGGUCAUGAUUCCAUUUGAUUGUGAUUUCAUUGCAUGGAUUGAUUUUAGGAUGUCAACACUAAGAAAGAAAUACCACGGAUGUUGGUGAUGGUAGUGAUGGUGGUGAUGGUGUAGCAACGAUGUCUAGGUCUACAGAUCGUACAAGUGGUUAUAAAAAGCGGAAAAACUUCCAAGGUGUGGACAAAUUUCGAUUAUAUUUUCGGAAAUCACUUUCCCGACAAGGUACCAAGUAGGGGUGUUCAAAUGGUUUGGUUCCCGUGGUAACCGUUUUAACCGGUACUAUUUGGAUAAUUUGGUUUGGUUAAUUUGGAUAAUGGGUUUGGUUUGGUUAAAGUUUUUAGCUUGUUUGGUUUAGGUGGUUUGGUUUGGUUUCUGACACUCCUAACCAGUCAAACCAAAUUAACCAGUUAAGUAAUUAGUCAUAUAUCUAACAUAUAUUAUAUACACAUAUUUAAUACUUUGCAUAACCACUCAAGACUUAACAUUCAUCCCUUUUAGACUCAUAAAAUAUAAAGCUCAAUAUUUCUCAUAUAGUGUAUAUAUGUAUAUGUAAAGUGUAGACCACAACAUAUGAACGCCUGAUUUAGAUAAAUUUCAUACAUUAUGAUGGAUGAAAGCUUGAAAGGAAGGUCAUUUCCAGCCUAUGAUAAUUGCUAAAAGACUAAGUCAAUUUACACAAACACAACAAUUCAUUAACCCAUACCAUUGUCAUAAAUUUUUGUUAGGUGAAUACUUCUAUACUAAUCGUAAGAUAAUUGUCUUAGUUGCAUGUAUUUUUGUUAAGGGUCAACUAUAACUACGUGUUGAUUGUUAUGUUUUAUUCAUUAUAUAAAUUGUGAAUUGUUGCAUUAACCGGAAAAUUUUCAUCGUCAAUGAUAAUGUGAUUUUUAUAUUGGUUAAUCUGGUUAACCAAUUAACCAAACCGAUUGAACUUUAGUUUGGUUAAUUUGGUUGUUGUAUUAGUUUGAACGGUUUGGUUAUGAUAUUGUAUUUCAUGGUUAAUGGAAUUUAGUGUUAUUUGGUUUGGUUAUAACCAUGGUAACCAUUUGAACACCCCUAGUACCAAGAGCACAAUGCAAGAAUUUUCCAAAGAUAUAUGUGGCUGGUAAAGGUAUUUCUAAUCUCUCUCGCUAAGUGUGUUGGAAAAUUGGCAAAAAAUGCAACCGAAGUGCCUAUACCUAGUGCUGGAAAGUCAAAGACAAUAGAUCAAAAUGAGUUUAAGGAGCUAAUGGCCAUGGCAAUAAUAAAACAUGGAUAUGAAUUUUCAAUUGUUGAGCAUGGUGGACUUCAAAAUGUGAUGGCUUAUUUAAAUGAUGAUUUCAAGUCAUUUAUUCGGAACACAACUAAGUCUUAUUGUUUGAAGAUUCAUAAGAGGGAAAAAGAGAAGAUGAAAGCUCUUUUGAGUGGGGUUCUUGGUAGGAUUUCUUUGACUUGUGAUUUGUGGACUUCUUGUGCUACUGAAGGCUAUCUUUGUUUGACAGUACACUAUGUGGAUUCUCAUUGGAAGUUAAAUACUAAGAUCCUAAGUUUUUGUCAUGUUCCUCCUCCACAUUCUGCUAUUGUUUUGUACCAUGCAAUAUAUGAACUGUUGAGAGAGUGGCAAAUUGAGAAGAAGAUAUUCUCGAUUACAUUGGACAAUACUAGGUGCAAUGAUGUCAUGCAAGGUCUCUUACUCGACCAAUUGAAAGAAGAUGGGACAUUAGUAUGUGAUGUGGAUUAUUAUCUAAAGCAACAGUAGGGUUUAGAUUACUUAAAGAAAGAAUGCAAUGGUGAAUUGGAGGGGUUAUGGUCUAAAGGACCAGAAGGUAGCGGUUCCGCUACAUCCCAAAAUGGCCAUUUGUGUUUUACUAAUUAUGUUGUCCAACCAAUCCAAUAAUCCAUUGGAUCCUAUUCAUGAAUCCAUGAAUUCGAUCCAAUUGCCACCUCUACCCAUGCCCAAAUGCACAUUACAGUUUAGUACAUAUACUUAAUAAAUAUGCACCUUUAGU